CAAACACAUGUUCAAUACUCUGUUCCUACAACACUACAAAAUCUAUUUCUCUUACGUGAUCUUCUCAAUUUGUUUCACUUGACCUUCUUCUUCUUCUUCUCACGCUAGCUUCCAUGGCGAAGCAGAAACAGAGCAGCACUUAUUUGUUUUACUCGGCAAUUCUUCUAUUCACCAUCUUCUGUGUCUCCUCUGUUUUGGUUUCGGCUAGAGUUCAUCCUAUCUUGCAGAGCUUUAACCAGAAACCCAUUUUCCGAUCCAACUUCCACUCCAUCUAUGAUACCUCCAACUAUGGCACCUUUCAACUCAGUAAUGGCUUGGCCAAAACGCCUCAAAUGGGAUGGAAUAGUUGGAACUUCUUUGCAUGCAAUAUCAAUGAGACCGUCAUUAAGGAAACCGCUGAUGCACUGAUAUCGACGGGAUUAGCGGAUUUGGGUUAUGUGUACGUCAACAUAGAUGAUUGCUGGUCUUCUGUGACAAGAAAUUUGAAGGGUCAACUGGUACCUGACGAAAAAACAUUCCCAUCAGGAAUCAAAGCUCUUGCAGAUUAUGUACAUGAAAAGGGACUGAAGCUUGGUAUAUAUUCCGAUGCUGGGGCGUUUACUUGUCAAGUCCGACCAGGAUCGAUUUUCCAUGAAAAGGAUGAUGCAGCUUUGUUUGCCUCUUGGGGUAUAGAUUACCUGAAAUAUGACAAUUGUUACAAUCUGGGCAUCCCACCCAAAAAAAGAUAUCCACCAAUGCGUGAUGCUCUCAAUGCUACUGGACGUACAAUUUUCUAUUCACUUUGUGAAUGGGGUGUUGAUGACCCUGCCUUAUGGGCUGGCACUGUUGGUAACAGUUGGCGCACAACUGAAGACAUCAAUGAUACUUGGGCAAGUAUGUCAAACAUUGCUGAUCUCAAUGACAAGUGGGCCGCAUAUGCUGGUCCUGGCGGAUGGAAUGACCCAGAUAUGUUGGAAGUUGGAAAUGGCGGCAUGACUUACCAAGAAUACCGUGCUCAUUUCAGCAUCUGGGCUUUAAUGAAGGCUCCUCUAUUGAUUGGUUGUGAUGUAAGAAAUAUGACUGUUGAGACAAUUGAGAUUUUGACCAACAAAGAAGUCAUUGACAUAAAUCAAGAUCCACUUGGUGUCCAAGGAAGGAAAGUUUAUGUUUCUGGAAAAGAUGGUUGCAAUCAGGUUUGGGCUGGUCCUUUAUCAGGAGACCGGUUGGCAGUGGCACUCUGGAACCGGUGCUCAAAUGCAACUACGAUAACUGCUUCAUGGAAUACGAUUGGACUGGAAUCUGGAAUUCGAGUAUCUGUAAGGGAUUUAUGGCAGCACAAGACACUAACAUCAGAUGCAGUGUCAUCAUUCAGUGCUCAUGUUGAUGCUCAUGAUUGUCACUUUUACAUUUUCACUCCUUCUCCUUCAGUGUCUCACUCUGUAGAGUAGCCAACUUAUACUUCAAUCACCUGAGGGGUAUGCUACUAAGUUGGAUCCGCUUCUUUUCUCUGCAUGUUAAAUAUCUUUCUUUUGAAUUAUUGGAAGUUAGAACUUUCAAUGUUGAAUGUAUGCAAGCUCGAAUAGUAUGCGUGCUUUCAUGAGGGUGUUAAAAAUAUGUAACCAGACAUGGCUUUUCUGUUAAUAUUUUACUGGUCAAAAUUCACAUAGUACAGGAUUCUGCCGUCCUUGCGUAUAAAAUGCUUUGCUAUGUACAUGUACGUUGAUACGAUAUAUAUAUUAUGAAAGAAGAAUUACUUCGAGUUAAAAA